UUGUGUCACAACGAACGUGCCACCAAACCGACAACACCCGGGUUCCUUCUAUUUUUGGCAAGUCUCGAUGUCGUCCAUGAAAUGUGCGUUCUCGGAUAGAAUCGGUCAUGGUCGUGCCAGAGACGCAUUCGAAAUCAGGUUAUUUUGUUGCUGUCAGGGCAAUCGCACCUCUCUUACUACUCUUAGCAUCUGCAUCACGUAUCGAACAGCGUACCUUCACGCGGAAUGUUCGCCAGCAACCAGGGAUGUCAUGUGGCUCGAACAUUUUGUGGUCUCCAAUGUCUAUCACCCCAACUACGUUCCUUACAACUCUCGAGUCUAAGUACUUCCGGCACCAAACUGGCAAUACAUGUUGCGGCUUGUCCAUGGCCCCAUGCGAUCCAUCAUCGUGGCUGAAGCGCUGAAGAUCGAAAAAAUAUUCCAUCGUAUCCGCUGCCCUCGAUGCAGUUCGCAAACGAUAGUUAGCUUACUUUCACCACCGAUCUCAGUCCGAAGACUCAAUCCAGAAUAUUGAUACUCGUG